ACCAACGCAUUUUACCACACUCGACGCACCUUCCAUUUUCCCAAUGCGGGAGCGGCGAUAUUUGUGAAAAAACUAACUUGGACAAAAUUUGCCAAAUAGGUUAAUAAUAGAACUGUUUGAUUUUUAUUAAAUCUACAAAAGUGCUUUACGUGUAUAAAUACUGUAUCUUAAACGCAGUUCAAAUGCAAGAUAUAAAUAAAGACUAAGGUGACACUCUGAGAAAAGAAGAAUUUUCUUUGUGAAAAAGUGAAAAUAUGAACUAACAUAUGAACUGAAGGAGAAGGAAUGUGUUAUAUUCGGGCAAUGAUUUUGCAAAGUGCUGGACUUUUUGUUUAAGGCAACUCGCAGGAAUAUUGUAAAAAAUUGGUAUUUUUUGAAAUACAUAGAAAUAUAUUGAAAUAGGUUGUUAUUACCACAUCGGCCGGCCAAAGCUAGUACAAGUACGAGUAGAAGCAGAGAUUUUGGUGUUAUUGGUGCUGUAGACGUUGACACAGAUCGCCGUCGACAGUCAUCACCGCACGCGUAAUCGUAGUGAAGAGUACGCGGGAGCUAUUUUACACAUACAUAUGUAUUGCUUAUGUGUAAAGUUAAAAGAGCGAGUCAGCAGUGACCAGCAAGUGUGAAACGUCUACGGUUGCGGGACGGGCAACAAAAUCUAACUAGAUGGUGCAACAUUCAGGCAAGGCAAUUUGACGACACGGAUUGAACGUAGCAAUUGACAUAAUUGACGCGCUCAUCGGUCGCUGGCGAAUUCGCACCUACAUACCAAAAAUAAAGGAGUCAAUAAUACAACGAACAAUUGCUGCAACCUACUGCCUGAAAACACAAAAACUUGUCACUCUGAAAGUAUAUUUAUAUUAAACUAAUAAUAUCAUUGCUAAACGUAAAGGGGAAGUGGAAACGAAGUAGAAGAAACUUGCAUUCACGCGCACUGGUCACAAAGUAUUUUUGAGGUUAUAACAUGAUUCUACUGGAAAUCAAUAACCGCAUCGUCGAAGAGACUCUUCUGGUCAAAUUUCGUAAUGCCCUAGCUGGCGCCAAAGCCGAAUCUAUUGAUGUGCGAAUUGCGGACUUUGAUGGCGUGCUCUUUCACAUUUCGAACGUUAACGGCGAUAAGACUAAAGUUAGGACAAGCAUAUCGCUGAAGUUCUAUAAGCAAUUGCAGGAGCACGGCGCUGAUGAAUUGCUGAAGCGUGAAUAUGGCGGCUUAUUAACAGACACAGAAGAUGGCUACAAUGUGUCGGUACUUAUCGAUCUAGAAAACAUACCAGCUGAUUGGGAAGCAGUUGCGAAAAAAAUUGGUCUACUUAAACGCAAUUGCUUUGCAUCAGUUUUUGAGAAGUAUUUCGAUUUCCAAGAACAAGGCGAAGAAGGCCAGAAACGAGCUGUAAUCAAUUACCGUAACGAUGAGACGCUUUAUGUUGAGGCCAAAUCAGAUCGUGUUACAGUUGUAUUCAGUACGAUUUUUCGUGAUGAGGACGACGUGAUAAUUGGUAAAGUGUUCAUGCAGGAAUUGAGAGAAGGACGUCGGGCAUCACAUACAGCGCCACAAGUGCUGUUUUCGCACCGCGAGCCGCCUUUGGAAUUGGCAAAGACGGACGCUAGAGUAGGCGACAAUAUAGGAUAUGUCACUUUUGUACUCUUCCCUCGUCAUACUAACAAAGAAACAAGGGAUAACACCAUUAAUCUAAUACACAUGUUCCGAGAUUAUUUACAUUAUCAUAUUAAGUGUUCAAAAGCGUACAUUCAUUCUAGAAUGCGCGCAAAAACGUCAGACUUUCUGAAAGUGCUUAAUCGUGCUAGACCGGAAACGAAGAAUACGGAAAAGAAAACAAUUACGGGGAGAACAUUCAUUCGCAAGGAAUGAUUUGUGGACAAUGUCUAGUUGUUUUUAUAUUUAUGUAUUAAUUAUUAAUAAUCAUAGCUUGAUGGCAACAAGUUUUAUGAAAGCGAAAAACGUGAAUUGAAAAACAAAAAAACGUGCGCUCUAUUAAGCAAAUACAAAACAUGCCAAGGAAUAGAUUCUAUCGGCAAAUACAAAAAUAAAAUGCUAAGUGUAUUAAAAACUAAAAUUUAAAUUAUACCAUUUAAAACACCAUAAUUAAACAAAAACAAAAAAAAAAAAAGUAAUUCUGGUCGAUUCGUUAUAACAUUAAUAAUUUGGUGAAACCCUUAAUAAAAUAUAACUAAAAACAUACAAUUAAGUUCCGCAGCGGAGAAACCAUGUUAAGUAUUGGCGUAUUAUAAAAGCAAAAUAUAUAAAUAAUAAAGCAUUAAAUAAAAAUAAAAAUUUAAUAUACAAGGCAAUGAGAAAAUGACGCAGCUGGGUUGUUGUUGUGUCAGUAUAUGGCGCUGCCGAACAAAGAAUUUGAUAUGGAAUCCACAAAUAAUAAAAAAGAACAACUGCAAUAUCGAUAAUCAAAA